AUGGUGCCCGGGAAGAGGUACUACGGCGGCGGGGCUGUUGAUAGUGAUGUUGAAGUGGCGAGGCACUUCAUGAAGACAAUGAAGGAGGCGGCAGAGCGUGGUGGGGCCACCAACGCGGUUAAUUUCGUCUCGUUGCUCAGGUGGCCGGAUCGCUGGAAGUUCAAGAAGACGAUGAAGGAGCUGGCCGGGAAAAUGGAUGGGUUCGUCCAUGAGCAGAGGAAAGGGAAAUGA